AUGUCAAACCUACCUGAGCUAGAAAUUGAUAAGCAGUUUCAAAAAGACCAGUUCAAAACUAGCAAGCUUCCUAAACCUAUUGAGUCUAAAAGUAGAGUAGUAUCUAAUAUACCUUUUAAAGAAGCUGAUUCUCUCAAGCCUAAUAAUGAAGGUUCUUUACAAUUAGGAAUAGCAUGGAUAAAAAUCCUCUGA